AUGGCUUGUGCACCUGAUCCUGCAGUUCCUGGCGACACCAGACGAGGGAUGUACUCAACCGCGCAUGUCCUGCUGUUCAAGUGGGCCGGAGCCGAGUUGGAGAAGGGCUUUUGCUAUGAAACCAUGGCGGAGGCGUUCAACUACCCGAGCUACGAUGUUCAGCAGGCGGACAUACCCGAGAUUCUGAAUUUGGAUGGCCAUAACGGAUGGCUUGGUUCGCGAGUCCGGGAAUUGGUUGAAAAGCUGCCGGACGACAGCUUGGCGGUGAUCUACUUAAUCGAUCACGGCGGCAGCAUCGACAAGGUUGAAAGGCUACAGGUCAAGCUUUACCAUGUCUGUAUGCUACAAAUGACGUUGCGCGAUGGAUGUUGGAAAGACGUACUCUUCAUUCUUGACUGCUGCAGUGCUGGACAACGCCAGCUAACGAAUAGCAUACCUCCACCAUGCGGCUUGCUUACCGCAGAGCUCAUCUUCUUGGCCGGAAGCAACGACGGCACGAGUGUAGAUGCCCUUCACACCACAUUACUGCAAGACUGGCGAUACAGGCAUCCCACGGACCGUGAACAGCCAGAGUGGACGGGUAACGUGAGAGUACUUAGCGCUGGCGACGGGAGUGUUGUCCUGCGUAAGCUCAACCGUGACCUUUCCAACGGUGAGUUCGGUGAGAACGACCGGAUGGGCGGAAAAGAUGAAGAAGGUAUCGAGAAGAACGAGAAGCUGGGGGCUGCACAGGCGUCACUACGGGCACGGGCCGAGCAAGCUGAGGACGAGCAGUGGAAGAGCGAGCGAUUGGAUGAUUGGCCCAAGGAUGAUGAGGCCGCAGAGGAGGAGCCAUUGGAGCAGGAGCCUGCGGAGGACGAGCAAGCGGAGGAGUCAGGAGUAGAGCAUGACGACGCCAAUUUCGCGAACCUGGAUUAAGCACCCACGCUACUCGAGCGAGCCGAGACCGCAGCCAUGGACAACUUUCUUCGUGCCAUGGAAAGGGAGGAGUUGUUGCUUGACCAGUACCUUCAGCGAUAACAGAGCCAGAGGAGACAGUCAUAGUUAAUCUCCGACGCUUCGAGCAGUAAGAUUACGGCUCGGUGACACUCAUUAGCAGCGCACAACCAUAGCAGCCUGGAUGCGUG